AGAACAGCUAGGGGAGUCACAUGACACGGCUUGUUACUUAUGAUUUUAAAGGCCCUACUGCACAACAGGAACUGCUCGUGUUGGUGAGUAAGAGAUCUGAACAUGUGAAUGAUAAAUGGCUAUGAGGGUCACUAAACAGAAAUUUUCUAAAUAAAUGAUGUGCAAUUGCGUACAAAAUACUUGGACAAAUAAAAUAAAAUCCAAACCAUAUAAAUUAUUUUUAAAUGAGUGCUCAACCAGAGUGAUAUUUACCAGAAAUAUGUCAUAAAGUACCUCCAUAUAAAUGUAUAAAUGACCAGUAAGAUCGAUAUAUGUGAAACAUACAAACUAUCAAAGUGUUCCCAUACAGAAGGGACAGUUCCUAUUUUGGGUUCAACUCCGACUGUCUCUCAUUUCUAGUAGAUCCAUAUUGUUGGUGUGUAUGACUGUGUAUAACAAAGCUCCACAGCAAUAAUACUUUAUUAGUAACAUUGGAGUUAAUAGUUUUAUGCCAAAAUAACAUUUCCCAAAUAUCAGACACCAUAAAGUGGCUCUAUAAGUACCUAGACCACUUCAUCCCAAUAAUGUGGUCUGCCCUUGUUGUUUUAACCUUGCAACUCAAAACAUUACUGUUUUUCAGGAAUGUCAAUGUUUACAUCGUAGGAUUAACCCCGUAAUGCCGUUAGGGCGUGCUAUGCUGUCCUGAAAAAGGACACCUUUAACGCCAUUAGUGCACAUUAUCAUGCUGUAAUGAUCUACACCCCACCCCAUCCCCAGGUGGCAUACCCACCUUCCAUGGCGAUCACGUUUGGGGGACUACCUAACAGCAAAUCCCGCCCAUCUGCAUCAUAUGAUCUCAAUGACACCGUGAUCAUAUAUCUCGGAUCGACAGAUUACUGCCUGCAUUGUCAGGCAGGUACUUAACAUAGAAUUAGUAAAACAAUUCCAUUAUGCAUACAAAAAACACAUUUGGAAUCAAAUUAAAAUUUUAUAUAUAUAUAUAUAUAUAUAUAUAUAUAUAUAUAUAUAUAUGAAAAUGUCAUUCUAAGUGUAUUUUGAUAAUUAUAUAUAGUAAUAUCACAAUACACUUACUAUACUUAGAAUGAAUAUAUAUAUUGGAAAAUGUAUUCAUACCGUAAUUUUCUUUUCCUGGCUAUUAUUCAUGGCAGCAUAUACACAUUGGUUAGCUCCUCCCCUUACAGCCGAUAGGACAGGAAAACCACCAAGGUUUUAAAAGGAGGCUCCAUCCCUAAGGUCCUCAGUCAGUUUACAAGCUCUACAGUACAUAAAUAGAGACUUUAAUGGGUGGGAAGUAUAUGCUGCCAUGAAUAAUAGCCAGGAAAAGAAAAUUACGGGAAGUAUGAAUACAUUUUCCACUUUCCUGGCUAAUCAUGGCAGCAUAUACACAUGGGGAAUACCCAAGCUUACAAAGGGAGGGACAGAAUAGCCAAUCAAAUAAACAGAAUAAUUUAACAUAGAUAGAAGAAUGAACUGAGUUAAAUACUUGAGUACCAAAUUGUGCAUCAUAGACUGUUUUAACGAACAGUAUGAAAUGCCAGACAAACGUGUCUAAAGAGGUUCAAAUGCUAGCUUACAAAAAGUGUCAGCAGAAACCAUUGCUAUGGAAACCCACGAUGCUGCCUCCAGCACAGGUAGAGAACGGACGUGACGUCCAAAUUGUGCCUCAUUAAUUGCUUCAAUGUCCAAUAUGUAAUGCAGGACAAACUAGUUCAAAGAGGUCCAAAUGCCAAAUUUACAACGUUUCAGCAGAGACCAUUGUCAUGGAAGCCCACUAGACGCUGUAAAAGCACUAGUGGAGAAUGCCCCAAAAUCCUUUGGUACAGGUAGAGAAUGGCAUUGAAAGGCUCUCACUUUAGGCAGGAUCUCUGGUGCUACAUGCAAGACAACCAUAUUCUGUUGAAAUUUAGUGAAUGGGGGUACACAGGAUCAAAUAGUAUAACAAAAUAUGCACACAAAAUGGAGGUGAAUGGAUAGAAAACUCUAACACCUAAAAGUGGUAUCCCCUACACCACUUAAAAACAAAUAGUAAAUAGAAAAAACAGUAGUGAAAUAACCACCAAGAAGAUAGCAAUAAACAAGAAAAUAAACAAUAGUGAGAGCACUCAAAAAAUAAAUAAAUAUUACCCAAAUUGACAGUCAUAAUUCUCUGAAAUGAAACAAAGUACCUGAAGGUACCUUAUACAGGAUACUAAGGUGGAGUGCCCAGCUGAAGUCUACUUUGUUCAAGGCAUGCAGUUUAAGCCAGCUUAUUAACCCCUUAAGGACACAGCUUCAGAAGCUUGACUUACGCUUAAUGACACAAGCAAUUUUUGCAUUUUCUUGCUGUUUGCGUUCAACUGCAAUUUGCAUCUCUCUCAUUUAUUGCACCGACACACAUUAUAUACUGUUUUUUAAAGGACAGAAAGGGCUUUAAUUUGAUAUAACAUAUAGAUAUAUAAAUGCUUACUUAUUAUAAAAAAAAUACAGAAAAAUGCAAAAAAAAUGAAAAAUAUUGGUUUUUUUUACAGUUUUUGCAAUAAUAAUGUGUGCAUAAUUAGUGCAGGUUAAGGAAAGUAAUUAAAAAUAAAUUUAUUUAUUUGUUCUGAUUUACAGAAUAUAUAAUGUGUCUGGGAUUUUAAGUUUUUUUGGUAGUUACAGGUCACAAAGCAAGGGAGUAAAAUAAACUUUUUAAUGUGGAGCGAUUUUAGAAUUUGGUAUGUUUGUCUUGUAAGCUUAAUAGCCAUAAAAGAAAACAAAAUUGCCACACAAAAGUAUAUAUUUAUAUAAAGUAGACAUCACAGGCUAUUUACCUAAGGUUAUUUUGACACUUUCUACGUAGCCAUUUCACCGCCAACCUCUGCUACAUAUUGGAGUAAAAUUGUGGUUCUUUUUGGUUUUUGGCACACAAACUUAUAACAGAGAAAUUCUCGUGUAUAUUUUGUAAAUUGGUGUGUGCUAUUCCUGUACAAAGUUUUAUUUUGUGUUCAGUUCUGCUGAGUAAAAUGACACCCCCAUUGUAUGUCUUUUGCAAUGAAGUUAAGUGCCUAUACCUGUCCUUUUCAGUAUUCACAGUAUUUUGAGAGAUGGAUUUAAUGAGCCUUAGCUUCCAUUUUGGGGUAUUAUAACAGUUUGACUGUUCAAAAAACCCCCACAAAGGCCUACCAUUUGUAAAAGUAGACACUCCAGGGCUAUCUUAUAAGGUGCAUAUUGUGCCUUAACAUGCCCCCAGUUUUUUCACCAAUAUAUGCCAAAGUAUGUGGUAAAAAAUAAUUUUGUGCAUUUUUUACAUACGGAUUGCAUUUUUGCUGGGCGUUUUGUAUAUUUCAUAUGUGCCACUAAGUUCAAACCCCCAAAUUAUGCUCAGCUAAGUCUUCUGAGUAAAAUGACACCCCAUAUGAAUGUCUUUGGCACUAUUUCGUGAAGCUACAGUGCCAUAUAGGAGACCUGUCCUUUACAGUAUUCACAGUAGAAUUUUGAGAGAUGGAUUUAAUGAGCCUUAGCUUCCAUUUGGGGUAUUAUAACAGUUUGACUGUUCAAAAAAACCCCCACAAAGGCCUACCAUUUGUAAAAGUAGACACUCCAGGGUAUCUUAUAAGGUGCAUAUUGUGCCUUAACAUGCCCCCAUUUUUUCACCAAUAUAUGCCAAAGUAUGUGGUAAAAAAAUAAUUUUGUGCAUUUUUUACAUACGGAUUGCAUUUUUGCUGGGCGUUUUGUAUAUUUCAUAUGUGCCACUAAGUUCAAACCCCCCAAAUUAUGCUCAGCUAAGUCUUCUGAGUAAAAUGACACCCCAUAUGAAUGUCUUUGGCACUAUUUCGUGAAGCUACAGUGCCAUAUAGCAGACCAAGCCAUAUCCGUUUUUACCAAACUUUGAAUUUUGACGCUGGGCCUUGUGCAAUUUCCAAGCAUCUUCGCAGGUUUUAAAUUCAAACUACCCCACAAAGGCCUACCAUUUCUUAAAGUAGACACCCCAGGGUGUUUCAAAAGGUAUAGUUUGAACCUUAGCGUGGGAUCAUUUUUCCGCUAGCUUGUACCAGAUGUAGUGGUAAUAAGCGUUUUUUCUGCCUUUUUGACAUACAAAGUGAGUUUGCACAGUAUAUUUUGCAAACCUUAUGUGUGCUACGACUGUAUAAUACUUCAUAUGUUGCUCAGCUAUGUCGGCUGAGUACAGCAAUACCCCCGUAUGUACCUUUGCCAGGUAUGUGUGGACAUCGGAGGGGCACAUUUGGGACACAGCCAUUCCAGUUUUUUUCAAACUUUGAAUUUUUAUGCUGUGCCUAUGUCCCAUUUUAGAGUAUUUUACCAGGCUAUAUAAUCCAAAUUCCCCAUAAAGCCAUACCAUUUCUUAAAGAAGACAUCCCAGGGUAUUUCAAAAGGCAUAUUUUGAACCUUAGCGUGGGAUCAUUUUUCCGCUAGCUUGUACCAAGUGUAGUGGUAAUAAGCAUUUUUUCUGCCUUUUUGACAUACAAAGUGAGUUUGCACAGUAUAUUUUGCAAACCUUAUGUGUGCUACGACUGUAUAAUACUUCAUAUGUUGCUCAGCUAUGUCGGCUGAGUACAGCAAUACCCCCGUAUGUACCUUUGCCAGGUAUGUGUGGACAUCGGAGGGGCACAUUUGGGACACAGCCAUUCCAGUUUUUUUCAAACUUUGAAUUUUUAUGCUGUGCCUAUGUCCCAUUUUAGAGUAUUUUACCAGGCUAUAUAAUCCAAAUUCCCCAUAAAGCCAUACCAUUUCUUAAAGAAGACAUCCCAGGGUAUUUCAAAAGGCAUAUUUUGAACCUUAGCGUGGGAUCAUUUUUCCGCUAGCUUGUACCAAGUGUAGUGGUAAUAAGCAUUUUUUCUGCCUUUUUUGACAUACAAAGUGAGUUUGCGCAGCAUAUUUUGCAAACCUUAUGUGUGCUAUGACUGUAUAAUACUUCAUAUGUUGCUCAGCUAUGUCGGCUGAGUACAGCAAUACCCCCGUAUGUACCUUUGCCAGGUAUAUGUGGAUGUUGAAGGGGCGCAUUUGAGACGCAGCCAUUCAGUUUUUUCUAACUUUGAAGUUUUACGCUGUGUCCAUGUUCCAAUUUGGAGUAGUUUAGAUGGUUGGUUAUUGAAACUUCCCCACAAACACAUACUAUUUAUUAAAGAAUACACCCUGGGGUAAUUCAAAAGGCAUAUUUUGAACCUUGGCGUGGGAUAAUUUUUUCUCUAGUUUGCUCCAGGUGUAGUGGUAAUGAGCGUUUUUAAAAUGUAUUUUUUUACUUUUUAUAACUUUUUUACUUUUAAAAACUAGUUUUUAAACUUUUGUUUUGCUUAUAAAUUUUUUUUAAACUUUCCUAAACUUUCUUAAAACUUUUUUACAGAUUUAACAUUUUUCUAAGCUUUUUUUUUACCGUUAACCCCUAACUAGCAGUAUGCAGCAGUAACAGUAAAUUCCCCAUUUUCCCAUAACUCCCACCCACCCCAGCUAGCAAAAUAUAUAGUUAUAAAAUAUUUAAAUUAAUUAAAUAAAUUGAACCCCUGAGGGUUAAAAAAAUAAAUAAAAGUUAAUCCUCAGGGGUUAAAAAAAAUUAGAUCACAGUAUAAUACUGUGAUCUCUAUUUGAUCGCUGUAGGCAGUGAUCGACUGGCAGGGAAGGGGUUAAUUUUUAUUUGGACUAGGUAAAGUGUGUUUUUUUUGUUUUUUUUUUACUUAAAUGUUAUUAAAACAUAUUUUUAAGCUUAAUUUUUAACUUUUUAAAGUUUCUUUUAAAACUUUUUUUAACGUUAACCCCUAGUUAGCCUAACGCCAAAUCCCCCAAUUCCCCACUAACUUCCACCCACCCCAGCUAUCUAAAUAUAUAAUUUAAAAAAAAAUUAAUUAAUUAAUUUAAUUAAUUUAACCCCUGAGGGUUAAAAAAAAAAAAGAAUUAACCCUCAGGGGUUAAAAAAAAAAAUCAGAUCAUAGUAAAAUGUAAUCCCUGCCAAUUGAUCACUGUAGUCAGUGAUCAAUUGGCAGGGAAGGGGUUAAUUUUUUAUUAAAAUGGGUAAGGGGGGGGGACACUUUAAAUUAACUUUAUUUUUUUUAACAGCAGGGGGCAGGAUCAGCACUGAUCCGGCUCCCUGCACUUCACACAGAACCCGGAAGUGCAGGGAGCCGGUAGGUGAGUAUUCAGAGCACAUGUGCUCGCCCCGACUUGUGGUCAGAGCGAGCACAUGUGCUGGGCAGCUUGACCGGGUGCUCCCGGUAUGCCUCCAAUGCAGAGGCAUACCGGGAGCACCAUUAACCCCGCGAUCGCCGCGAUAGCGGCGAUCCGGGGUUAAUUUUACCGCGUGACGGACGAGGUCCGUCACCCGUCGUUAAGGGUCUCCCCUGCGUGACGGACCUCGUCCGUCACCCGUCCUGAAGGGGUUAAGUGGCUCUCUAUAUGUGAGUGGGACCAACACAUAUAUUGUAAUAUUUGAGUUUAAACUUUAUUACCCUAUGUCUUUCUUCUUUGUUUAAUUUCAGAGAAUUAUAUGACUGUCAAUUUGGCUACAUAGUUACAGUUACAUAGCUGAAAAGAGACUUGUGUCCAUCAAGUUCAGCCUUCCUCACAAAUGUUGUUGCUGUUGAUCCAAAAGAAGGCAAAAAACCUGGUCUGAAGCGCUUCCAAUUUUGCCACAAACUAGGAAAAAAUUAUUUCUUGACCCCAAAAUAGCAGUCAGAUGUCUCCUUGGAUCAAGCAGCUAUUACCCCACUAAUUAGAAAAUAUAUCCUUGUAUGUUAUGUUUUUGUAAGUAUUUAUCCAAUUUCAGUUUAAACAUCUGUAUGGACUCUGACAAAACCACAUCUUCAGGCAGAGAAUUCCAUAUCCUUAUUGUUCUUACUGUAAAAAAUCCUUUUCUUUGCCUUAGAUGAAAUCUCCUUUCUUCCAGCCUAAAUGUGUGACCUCGUGUCCGAUGUAUAGCCCUGUUUAUGAAUAGAUUUCCAGAUAAAGGUUUGUACUGGCCCCGAAUAUCCAAACUAAACAGAUUCAAUUUUUUUAACCUUUCUUCAUUACUAAAAUGCUCCAUUCCUUUUAUCAAUUUUGUAGCUCGUCUCUGGACCCUCUCCAGUGCCAUGAUAUCCUUCUUUAGAACAGGCGCCCAAAAUUGCACAGCAUAUUCAAGGUGUGGUCUUACCAGCGAUUUAUAAAGAGGCAAAAUUAUAUUUUCACCCCGAGAAUUUAUGCUCCUAUUUAUACAUGACAAAAUCUUACUGGCCUUAGCAACUGCAGAUUGACAUUGCAUAUUGCUGCCUAAUUUGUUGUCUAUAACAAUUCCCAAAUCCUUCUCGUGUGUGGUUAUCCCUAAUUCACUACCAUUUUAGAGUGUAAGUUGCUUGUGCAUUCUUAACCCCGAAGUGCAUAACUUUGCAUUUUAGUGCCCAGUCCCCCAAUCUAUCCAAAUCUCUCUGCAGCAAAGCAAUAUCCUGCUCACAUUUUAUUACUUUACAAAGUUUUGUGUCAUCUGCAAACACUGAUACAUGGCUUUCAAUGCCUAUUUCAAGAUCAUUUAUAAAUAUGUUAAAUAGAAGUGGUCCCAAAACAGAACCCUGAGGGACACCACUUACCACUUUUGUCCAGCCUGAAAAUUUACCAUUAAUUACAACUCGUUGUACUCUAUCCUUAAGCCAAUGUUCUACCCAAGAACAAGAAUAUUCAUCUAGACCAGUUUCUUUUAGUUUGAAGACUAACCUAUUGUGAGGAACCGUAUCAAAUGCCUUGGCAAAAUCCAAGUAGAUCACAUCCACUGCAACACCCUGAUUCUACUUACUGGUCAAUAUUUAUUUAUUUUUUUGAGUGCUCUCACUGUUUAUUUUCUUGUUAAAAACAAAUAGUAUACAUAGAUAUAAAAGGUGGAGUUUCAGAGUGAUAUUCCAACAGAUAUUCUGCAAGAUAAAAUAUGCAAAAAAUAGUGCAAUACAAUAUUUAAAAGCUUGAAAGAUAAAAUAAAAGAGCAAUAUCACUCACAAGCCUAGAGUCAUACCCUCAUAUGAUUCGAAUGGUAUCCGCCUUUGGACUAUUUCAGGAUGUCCAAAUCCUUUUUUUUCCAAAGUGAUGUGUGCUUUCCUUCUCCCUCUUGGCCGGCUCCACAGUGUAUAAAUGCCAGGUAAGAGGGUUUUCUUUAGGAAAAGGUGCUUUAUUUAUCCAAAUAAAAAUUCAAAAAUAAAAACAAAAUCAUACCAGAUAAAUAUCUGGACUAGCCACCAGCAACAGAAACGUCUGUGCUAACAUCAUGGAAGCUCCUGCUAGAGGUUCAAAUGAUGGUUUAGUCAGAGCCCGUGAGACCAGUGGUACGUCACAUAUUGGUUUCAACACCCUCAGCGGAGGCUUGAGUUCAAUUGUUGCUCACAUGAAGCAAAGCACCAGGGGCAUCAACGCUCAAUGGGUACAAUUCAGUACGGGUAGAGAAUGACAUAGAUAAGCAUUCACCAUAGGCAGGAUCUUCAGGUGCCAAAUGCAAGACAACCACAUCUGUUGAAAAAUAGUGAAAGGGGGUUCACAGGAUCAAGCCUGGAGUUCACCCAUUUUCCUUGCUGGGGUACCAGCCACCAGCACUUUCUGUGCUACCGCCAUGGAAGCUCCUUUUAGAGGUUUGAAUAAUGGUUUAGUCAGGGCCCGUGAGACCAGUGGUACGUCACAUAUUGGCUUCACCACACUCAGUGGAGGCAUGAUUUCAAUCAAUGCCUAUAUGAAGCAAAGUGCAGUUAAGUGCUCCUCUAGAGUGUUAUAACACAGAACCUUUCAAAGCCUGAACGAGGAGUAAUUCCAACAGACAAAAGCAUGUGAAGCUUUGUAAAGCCUGUAUAGGAUUGGAAGAGGAUCUCAAUGACCAUCUCAGGGAUGCCUAUACUAAUAUGGACUCCCACAUCAACACCAGAACUUGAGAAUCCUGCUGGUGUGUCAAGGGGCCUUGUAAUUUCCCUUGGAGGUUCCAGAAUCAUCUUAUUCAUCAUAGGAAUUAGAGUUGACACGGUCUUCCACUGUUACCUUUUGCAUUACCUUUUUAGGAAAGUUGAAAACAGUAAAAACAAUUAAAAUUCUAAAUUUGAGUCAGUGCAUCCUGAACCUGAGCAUUCUGGUCCAAGAAUGUAGAAAAUACUUCUGGACCUGGUAGUUCCAAGAAAUGGCCAUCAGAUCUGUGUAGGGUAUAAGACAAAUCUGCGUCAACCCCGAGGAUACGUUGUGACAUGGUUGCCAAUCCACCUUGUCCACAGUUAUUCGGCUCAAGCACACAGCCAUUGUAUUCUGAGCCCCUGGUUGUUCUUCUGUGCCCUGAUCAUUAUGGGCUGGAAUUCCAUCAAUACGUAUCUGUGAGACCCAUCUUGAUAGAUAUAGGAUACAGUUGCAUUGAUAUUUGAGCAAAUUUGGACCCACUCGUUCUUCAGCAAGCCUCUGAAGUGAAGAAGAGCCUUGAAAAUGACUCUUAAUUCCAUACAAAUGAAUGGAAAUUUUGUGCAACAUGGUCCAAACACUGUGCAACCAAUCUUAUAAAAACUGUAAUUAGAGCUAAUAAUUGACCAAUGAGGUUCUGUUCACUGGAAACUCAGAGAUCUAAUCCCUCUAUUCAGCAACUAGGUAAGGUGUAACUCCACUGAUGGGGACAUAGUCAGUGGCUGGCUCCAAUAAUCUUUCUCUUGUUAAACCAAGAUAGGAAGGAUCUGUGAUGAAUCCAGAGAUGCCAUUGGGCCCAUCUGACAAGUCUGCUGGUGGAAGCCAGGAUUCCUAGUAGUUGCACCUAUUUUCUUGCUGUUACCAAGCAGAAAUGAAGAAACUUGGGAGAGAAAACCUUCACAAACUGUGGAACUGUUCCUGAGAUAGGGAAAAGCAGAGCAUAGAAUUUUCCACUUGGGAAUGUCAACAACUGAGCUGGUGUGAAACUGUUCUUACUGUAAAAAAUCCUUUUCUUUGCCUUAGAUGAAAUCUCCUUUCUUCCAGCCUAAAUGUGUGACCUCGUGUCCUAUGUAUAGCCCUGUUUAUGAAUAGAUUUCCAGAUAAAGGUUUGUACUGGCCCGAAUAUAUUUGUAUAAAGUUAUCAUAUCCCCUCUCAGGCGCCGUUUUUCCAAACUAAACAGAUUCAAUUUUUUUAACCUUUCUUCAUUACUAAAAUGCUCCAUUCCUUUUAUCAAUUUUGUAGCUCGUCUCUGGACCCUCUCCAGUGCCAUGAUAUCCUUCUUUAGAACAGGCGCCCAAAAUUGCACAGCAUAUUCAAGGUGUGGUCUUACCAGCGAUUUAUAAAGAGGCAAAAUUAUAUUUUCACCCCGAGAAUUUAUGCUCCUAUUUAUACAUGACAAAAUCUUACUGGCCUUAGCAACUGCAGAUUGACAUUGCAUAUUGCUGCCUAAUUUGUUGUCUAUAACAAUUCCCAAAUCCUUCUUGUGUGUGGUUAUCCCUAAUUCACUACCAUUUUAGAGUGUAAGUUGCUUGUGCAUUCUUAACCCCGAAGUGCAUAACUUUGCAUUUUAGUGCCCAGUCCCCCAAUCUAUCCAAAUCUCUCUGCAGCAAAGCAAUAUCCUGCUCACAUUUUAUUACUUUACAAAGUUUUGUGUCAUCUGCAAACACUGAUACAUGGCUUUCAAUGCCUAUUUCAAGAUCAUUUAUAAAUAUGUUAAAUAGAAGUGGUCCCAAAACAGAACCCUGAGGGACACCACUUACCACUUUUGUCCAGCCUGAAAAUUUACCAUUAAUUACAACUCGUUGUACUCUAUCCUUAAGCCAAUGUUCUACCCAAGAACAAGAAUAUUCAUCUAGACCAAUUUCUUUUAGUUUGAAGACUAACCUAUUGUGAGGAACCGUAUCAAAUGCCUUGGCAAAAUCCAAGUAGAUCACAUCCACUGCAACACCCUGAUUCUACUUACUGGUCAAUAUUUAUUUAUUUUUUUGAGUGCUCUCACUGUUUAUUUUCUUGUUAAAAACAAAUAGUAUACAUAGAUAUAAAAGGUGGAGUUUCAGAGUGAUAUUCCAACAGAUAUUCUGCAAGAUAAAAUAUGCAAAAAAUAGUGCAAUACAAUAUUUAAAAGCUUGAAAGAUAAAAUAAAAGAGCAAUAUCACUCACAAGCCUAGAGUCAUACCCUCAUAUGAUUCGAAUGGUAUCCGCCUUUGGACUAUUUCAGGAUGUCCAAAUCCUUUUUUUUCCAAAGUGAUGUGUGCUUUCCUUCUCCCUCUUGGCCGGCUCCACAGUGUAUAAAUGCCAGGUAAGAGGGUUUUCUUUAGGAAAAGGUGCUUUAUUUAUCCAAAUAAAAAUUCAAAAAUAAAAACAAAAUCAUACCAGAUAAAUAUCUGGACUAGCCACCAGCAACAGAAACGUCUGUGCUAACAUCAUGGAAGCUCCUGCUAGAGGUUCAAAUGAUGGUUUAGUCAGAGCCCGUGAGACCAGUGGUACGUCACAUAUUGGUUUCAACACCCUCAGCGGAGGCUUGAGUUCAAUUGUUGCUCACAUGAAGCAAAGCACCAGGGGCAUCAACGCUCAAUGGGUACAAUUCAGUACGGGUAGAGAAUGACAUAGAUAAGCAUUCACCAUAGGCAGGAUCUUCAGGUGCCAAAUGCAAGACAACCACAUCUGUUGAAAAAUAGUGAAAGGGGGUUCACAGGAUCAAGCCUGGAGUUCACCCAUUUUCCUUGCUGGGGUACCAGCCACCAGCACUUUCUGUGCUACCGCCAUGGAAGCUCCUUUUAGAGGUUUGAAUAAUGGUUUAGUCAGGGCCCGUGAGACCAGUGGUACGUCACAUAUUGGCUUCACCACACUCAGUGGAGGCAUGAUUUCAAUCAAUGCCUAUAUGAAGCAAAGUGCAGUUAAGUGCUCCUCUAGAGUGUUAUAACACAGAACCUUUCAAAGCCUGAACGAGGAGUAAUUCCAACAGACAAAAGCAUGUGAAGCUUUGUAAAGCCUGUAUAGGAUUGGAAGAGGAUCUCAAUGACCAUCUCAGGGAUGCCUAUACUAAUAUGGACUCCCACAUCAACACCAGAACUUGAGAAUCCUGCUGGUGUGUCAAGGGGCCUUGUAAUUUCCCUUGGAGGUUCCAGAAUCAUCUUAUUCAUCAUAGGAAUUAGAGUUGACACGGUCUUCCACUGUUACCUUUUGCAUUACCUUUUUAGGAAAGUUGAAAACAGUAAAAACAAUUAAAAUUCUAAAUUUGAGUCAGUGCAUCCUGAACCUGAGCAUUCUGGUCCAAGAAUGUAGAAAAUACUUCUGGACCUGGUAGUUCCAAGAAAUGGCCAUCAGAUCUGUGUAGGGUAUAAGACAAAUCUGCGUCAACCCCGAGGAUACGUCGUGACAUGGUUGCCAAUCCACCUUGUCCACAGUUAUUCGGCUCAAGCACACAGCCAUUGUAUUCUGAGCCCCUGGUUGUUCUUCUGUGCCCUGAUCAUUAUGGGCUGGAAUUCCAUCAAUACGUAUCUGUGAGACCCAUCUUGAUAGAUAUAGGAUACAGUUGCAUUGAUAUUUGAGCAAAUUUGGACACACUCGUUCUUCAGCAAGCCUCUGAAGUGAAGAAGAGCCUUGAAAAUGACUCUUAAUUCCAUACAAAUGAAUGGAAAUUUUGUGCAACAUGGUCCAAACACUGUGCAACCAAUCUUAUAAAAACUGGAAUUAGAGCUAAUAAUUGACCAAUGAGGUUCUGUUCACUGGAAACUCAGAGAUCUAAUCCCUCUUUUCAGCAACUAGGUAAGGUGUAACUCCACUGAUGGGGACAUAGUCAGUGGCUGGCUCCAAUAAUCUUUCUCUUGUUAAACCAAGAUAGGAAGGAUCUGUGAUGAAUCCAGAGAUGCCAUUGGGCCCAUCUGACAAGUCUGCUGGUGGAAGCCAGGAUUCCUAGUAGUUGCAUCUAUUUUCUUGCUGUUACCAAGCAGAAAUGAAGAAACUUGGGAGAGAAAACCUUCACAAACUGUGGAACUGUUCCUGAGAUAGGGAAAAGCAGAGCAUAGAAUUUUCCACUUGGGAAUGUCAACAACUGAGCUGGUGUGAAACUGCUUUUCUUGAUAUUCAUCAAGCAGUCAAACUUUAGGAGUUAUGAAAGAACUAUAUGCCUCUGUGUGCCUGCCUUCUGAGGGUCUAAGGCUAUCAGAAGUAGAUCCUCCAAAUAAUGGAACCAGGUGGAGUUGUGGACUCUCAAUAACACUAUAAGCACAUAUAAAGAUUCUUGGGGCCGCGUUGAGGCCAAAUGGUAGGGCACUAGUUCAGGUAUGUAGAUAGACCACGCCCCAGAUCCAAACUAUACCAUUUCUCUUCUUCUUACGAUGAGGGAUGAGGAAAAAAGGCUGGCAAAAUGAUGUCCUGAUUCAUAUGGAAAGGAGAAACCACCUUUGGUCUGAAAGCUGGAAUCGUAUGAAGGAUUACUCUGUCUUCCUGAAGAAUCAAAAAGGUGACUCACAGGAGAGAGCGCUUAGCUCGGAGAUUCUUCUACCUGAGGUCAAGGCAACCAACAGAACGGUUUUCAACGUAAGAGUAAGUAUAGAAACACUCUCCAAUGGCUCAAACGGAGAAUCAGAUGAGGUCUGUAAAACCAGAGGUAAAUCCCAAGGCGGGGAGCAAGACCGUACUGGAGGGCGAAGCUUGAGAAUGGCUUGAAAAAAUCUGGCAAUAUCUGGAUCAAAUGCCAAUUUCCAAUCUAACAGAGCAGAGGUUGCUGAAGUAUGCACUUUUAGGGAGCUGAGACUCAAUCCGUCCUGUAAAAAUUGAAGGACGUCACAGAUACUGGGAGACAAAGAAAUAUUAUGUGCCAAACACCAGCUACAAAAGAUGUCCCAAAUACGAUAGUAAGCUGAUGAAGUGGAUUUCUUCCUGGCAUUCAGAAGAGUAUGAAUUACUGAAGAAGAGAAGCCUUUGCUGGAGAGACGUUGCUUCUCAAUUUCCAAGCCCUUAAAUUGAGAGACUGAGGAGAUGGUUGAGAGAUCGGACCUUGUUGUAGGAGACUGAGUUGGUCUGGGAAUUUCAGAGGAAUGUCCUGAGAGAGUUUCUGCAGCAGGGGAAACCAAGGUCGUCUGGGCCAGAAGGGAAUCACUGCCAUAAUUGUUGCUUGCUCCUGCAGGAUCCUUUUUAGCAGGGGGAAAAUCAGAGGAGUUGGGGGAAAAACAUACCCCAGAUGGAACUUCCACUCGCAACAGAGAGCAUCCUGGUCUUCCGCCAAAGGGUCGAAGUAACGCGAGAAGAACCUUUCCACUUUGCAAUUCUUCGCUGUGGCCAUCAUAUCUACCUGAGGAAAACCCCACUUCUGGACUAUGCUUUGGAAUGCCAGAGGGGCUAACUCCCAUUCUGUGGGAUCCAGGGUUACUCGGCUUAAGAAAUCCGCCACUUGAUUGUUCUUUCCCGGAAGGUAAACUGCCUGGAUCCCCUUCAAAUUCUUCUCUGACCAGGACAUAAGUGGGGUCAACACUUUCAAUAAGCGUUUGCUCUUUGUACCCCCUUGAUGAUUGAUGCAAGCAACUGCAGAGGUAUCGUCUAUCCUUACUUUCACCCAACUUUGUUUCAGACAAGGAAAGUGCAGAAGAGCCUGGAAGACUGCUUGCAACUCUAAAACAUUCGAGGAUAGAGGAUACUGUUUGUUUUCUCACUGCCCCUGAACAUGAAGAAGGCCCAAAUGAGCUCCCCAACCUGAUUGGCAUGCAUCCGUCGUAAGAGUAACCCUAGGGAUAUCGUUCAGAGGAUACCCUUGAUAUAGAUUCUCGUUCAUUAGCCACCAUGCCAGUUCCUUCUUGAUCUCUGAUGAUAAAGAGAUUGCUUGAUUCAGAUCCUUGUUCGCAAACUGGGAUAGAAACCCUUCUUGCGGAAUCCUCAUAUGCCACUGGGCCCAUCUCGUAAGGCCUAUUAUAGAGGACAAACUUCCCAGAAGGCUCAUAAAUUCCGGGAUGGAGUUCAGAAGCAGAAGACGAAGGAUCUUCGAUAAGUUAAGGGAAGCUUUACAAUAUAUUGACUGGCAUAAACUCUUUAGUGAAAAGAACACUGAGGAUAAAUGGAUCAUCUUCCAACAAAUAUUAAAAAGGUACAUUUCUCAGUAUGUACCGUUGGGAAAUAAAUAUAAAAGAAACAAAUUAAAACCAAUGUGGCUUAGUAGAGAAGUAAAACAAGAGAUUGCAACUAAGAAAAGGGCAUUUAAAGCAUUUAAAUCGGACAAAUCAGAUGCAUUUUAUGAAAGAUAUAAGGAUGCAAAUAAUGCGUGCAAAAAGGCAAUUAGACUUGAUAAAAUUCUAAAUGAAAUAAUGAUAGCUGAAGAGAGCAAAACCAACCCCAAAGCAUUUUUUAAGUACAUAAAUUCUAAAAAACAAACAAAAUGAAAGUGUAGGUACACUAAAAACUGAAACGGGGGUGUUAGUUAAUGAAGACCAGGAAAAGGCAAGAAUUUUAAAUAACUAUUUCUCCUCCGUAUAUAUUAAGGAAGAACCCAUGGCAAUAGAUGUGCAAAUGAUUGCUACUAAAAACUUGCAGAAUAAUUGUAAUUGGUUAACUCAAGACAAGGUGCAGCAGCAACUAAAGAAAGUUCAUAUAAACAAAGCUCCAGGCCUGACGGUAUCCAUCCACAUGUACUUAAGGAACUAAGUGCAGAAAUAAGUGAACCUCUGUUUUUAAUCUUUCAAGAUUCUUUUCUUUCAGGAAGUGUUCCGGAGGAUUGGAGGAAGGCAGAUGUGGUUCCUAUAUUCAAAAAGGGUUCAAAAUCCUUGCCUGGAAAUUAUAGACCUGUGAGCUUAACUUCUGUGGCUGGUAAAAUAUUUGAAAGGUUAUUAAGGGAUAAUAUUCAAGAAUUCCUUGAGAAGAACGUGGUUAUCAGCAAAAUUCAGCAUGGUUUUAUGAAGCACAGGUCAUGUCAAACUAACUUGAUUGCUUUCUACAAAGAAGUAAGGGUGUUGCCGUGGAUGUGAUCUAUUUCGAUUUUGCUAAGGCAUUAGAUACAGUUCCACACAAUAGAUUAGUGUUCAAACUUAUGAAAAUCGGUCUAGAUGAAAAUGCUUGUUCUUGGGUAGAACAUUGGCUUAAAAACAGAGUACAAAGAGUCGUCAUUAAUGGUAAAUUUUCAAGCUGGACAGAGGUGGCAAGUGGUGUCCCUCAGGGGUCUGUUCUGGGACCCCUUCUAUUUAACAUGUUUAUAAAUGAUCUUGAAGACCGCAUUGAAAGUCAUGUUUCAGUGUUUGCAAAUGACACCAAACUGUAAAACAAUACAAUGUGAGCAAGAUAUUACUUUGCUUCAGAGGGAUUUAGAUAGACUGGGGGACUGUGCACUCAAAUGGCAGAUGAAAUUUAAUGUUGAAAAAUGCAAAGUUAUGCACUUCGGCGUAAAGAAUACACAAGCAACGUAUACCCUUAAUGGAAGCGAAUUAGGGAUAACAACACAUGAAAAGGACUUGGGAAUUGUUAUAGACAACAAACUAUGCAACAAUGUGCAAUGUCAAUCAGUAGUGGCCAAGGCCAGUAAGGUAUUGUCAUGCAUGAAAAAGGGCAUUCAUUCUCGGGACAAGAAUAUAAUUUUGCCUCUUUAUAAAUCACUGGUAAGACCCCAUAUUGAAUAUGCUGUGCAAUUUUGGGCACCUGUUCUAAAGAAGGAUAUUAUGGCACUAGAAAAAGUGCAGAGGCGGGCUACAAAAUUAAUAAAAAGAAUGGAACAUAUCGGCUAUGAAGAAAGGUUAACAAAUUUAAACCUAUUUAGUUUAGAAAAACGUCGCCUGAGAGGGGAUAUGAUAACAUUAUACAAAUAUAUUCGGGGCCAAUACAAACCAUUGUGUGGAAAUCUAUUCACAAACCGGACUUUACAUAGGACACGAGGCCAUGCGUUUAGACUGGAAGAAAGAAGAUUUCGUCUAAGGCAAAGGAAAGGUUUUUUUACUGUAAGAACAAUCAGGAUGUGGAAUUCUCUGCCUGAAGAAGUGGUUUUAUCAGAGUCCAUACAGAUGUUCAAACGGCUACUAGAUGCAUACUUGCAAGAACAGAAUAUUCAAGGAUAUAAUCUUUCAAUGUAGGGUAAUAACUGCUUGAUACAACAAACAAAAAGACAGAUGCUACUAGUUCUCAGUGCAUAAACAUCCCUAAGAACAGCUGCAUCACCUGGAAAUAUAUAUAGCUAUGUAGUCAUGAUAAUAAACUGGCUGAAAACAUAUAUAAUAGGGACUACUGGAGACCAAAUAUAGAAAAUGAUAAUAAUAAUAAAUAAACAAAAAGUAAUAUACAGGUGAAACUGAUGCUCAUAUGCCAACCAGAGUAAAAGGUCCAGUAGGUAUAUCAUAUAAAAUUCAUUGGUAAUGGUAUGCACCCAAAUCAAAAUUUCAGCUUUAUUAAAGGAAAUGCUAAAUAGGGAUGGGUCCAAUACAAUUAUAAUACCCUAAUUCAAGACUGUCUCUGGGUAGUCUCUACCUAUUCCUGUGUGUUAUCAAUAUGGUGGGUACUGUGCUUAUAUUGAAAUUGGAAACCCCCUCUAUCUAGAGCAGGGGACAAUGUAGGUUAAAGCACAUGCCCAAUCUAACCAUAAAUCAUUGUCUUAAAAUAAAAUGAAUUCCAGACAGGAAGAGGUUAAUAGUGGAACACAGAGAGAGAUGGAAAUUAGUUACAGGGUCAGUUUCUAGAAAACGGACAAUGUUCAGUUAAAAAGCCUCUCUCCCUUGUAAACUCACUAGAUAGGCAUAAGAGCAGAAAUGAGAUAAGUGAAAAGUAAAGUGAACAUUAAAAUCGGAAAAAAUAAAAAAAAAAUCCCAUAAAGCUAGUGCAAAUCAUGGUGCUCUAAACACCAGUGCCCAGUGCUCAUAAAGUAUGAGAAAAACGCCCGACGCGCGUUUCGGUGCCUUAAGAGAUGCACCUUCGUCAGGGGCCAACACGAAACUAAUAAGAUCUCACUUAAAUACUAUAAACGCCAGAGGGCAUGAAUACCUGUAUCCAAUGGGGUCCAGGGGAAUAUCCCACAUGUGUAUCCGAUUUCGGUAAACUAAUCCAAUUAGCGUGUAAGGGACCCGGUCCACGUGGUGUACGUGGGGAGGGGCCAAGGAACGCAACUAAAAUUCCGACGUGUAUACUUUAUUACAAGAUGAAUGGAUUUCCCCAAAUGCUCCAUGUCAGUAAAUUGUAGAGUGGGCGGAGCAAGCGGAAUUUGAGAAUGACAUCUUGUAUGCAGGUUCUACAGGUCUACCAACCAAUGGAUGUAAUGUGGGUGGGUCCAAAAACGGACCGAACUGACAAUCUGAGCAUCACAAAAUAAAAUAAAAUAAAAUGACCCUACAGGCAAAUAAAUAAAAGGCUUUUCAUAAAGAUAUCCUAUGUGUCACCACAUACAAACCAGGGAGAGGAUUAUGUAUAUCACCUAAAGGUGGUUAUAUGUGAUCCAUACACAAGUACUACUGUGUGUAUUCUUGGGGGAAACAUAUAAGAUCACAUGACUACAUUGUAUUCCUAUUCUCUGUCUAUCUAUUCUGCCUAAUAUUGAAAUCUAUAUAUAUACAGGCAGAAUAGACUACAGAGAGCUCUGUCACAAUGAUCAGAAAUUAUUAUAGAUGUACAUAUGUGUAUAGAAAUGUGCAUAUCUGAAUCUGUCAAUAGACCUCCAAAGUGGGUAUUCAUGUCCAAAAUAAAUUGCAAAAUAAAAUAAAAUAAAUGAUAAUAUAGAUAAAUAAUAAACACUAAUAAACAAACAACUACAGGUGCUAUAAAUACAAAAUUUACAAGUGUAUCAGGCAUAUAUACCAAUCUAGAUAUAUGUAUAGAAUAAAAUGUAUACAUAUAAAUACAUGGUGUCUAUUAUGGACCAGACCAAAGUCCCUCUGUUAUACACUAGUCUGAUAUAAAGGGCGUAUAUGAGAAGCCUUCAUUGAGACCAAGUGGUGAAAGAGUUUUGAGCUUGUAAAUCCAAAAGCUCUCUCUUUGUAGGAGUCUUUUGUCUAGAUCACCACCUCUUGGUCCCAAAGUGACUUUUUCAAUGCCGCAAAAUCUAAUCCCUUCAGAUGAACCUCCAUGGUGUAAUUUUAAAUGUUUAGAAACUGGGGUAUCUAUUAAUCUUUUGGGAUUCACUGAGUUGACGUGUUCCCCUAUUCUCAACUUGAAAUUGCGGGAUGUUUUGCCCACGUAGAGUUUUCUACAAGAACAUGUAAGUAAAUAUACCAGGCCUUUGAAUUGACAAUUAAAGAAGUGUUUAACCUUAAAUUCCUGAGUAUAUGAUGAGUCUGGAAAAGACGGUCGACGUAUAAAUUUACACGCUUUGCACUUUCCACAUUGGUAUGUACCUAUAACUGAAGAUUUCAACCAUGUUGGUUUCUGAGGGGCAUUCUUGAGGUGACUAGGGACCAAAAUGUCCUUGAUAUUACGUUCCCUUCUUGCUGUCACUGAUGCCCUGGGUGUAAUCACCCUAUGUAAAUGUGGGUCUUGGUGCAAAAGGGGCCAGAAUCUUUCCAAAAUCUUCAAAAUCUCAUGCCAACCGGCAUCAAAAUUUCCUAUACAUCUAAUGACUACCCAGAGACAGUCUUGAAUUAGGGUAUUAUAAUUGUAUUGGACCCAUCCCUAUUUAGCAUUUCCUUUAAUAAAGCUGAAAUUUAGGUUUGGGUGCAUACCAUUACCAAUAAAUUUUAUAUGAUAUACCUACUGGACCUUUUACUCUGGUUGGCAUAUGAGCAUCAGUUUCACCUGUAUAUUAUUUUUUGUUUAUUUAUUAUUAUCAUUUUCUAUAUUUGGUCUCCAGUAGUCCCUAUUAUAUAUGUUUUCAGCCAGUUUAUUAUCAUGACUACAUAGCUAUAUAUAUUUCCAGGUGAUGCAGCUGUUCUUAGGGAUGUUUAUGCACUGAGAACUAGUAGCAUCUGUCUUUUUGUUUGUUGUAUUUGUUACACUGGGGUUAAGCCCCUUUAGAGACCCCUGGAGUCUCUUUGCGGUACACAAGACCUUGGGUUGGACCCGACACUACCCCCUUUUUUCUAGGGGAGACUGUACGGGUAUGCACCCAUGAUCUUGUAAUUUCUCUGUCCUUUUUGUAAUAACUGCUUGAUCCAAGGAUAAAUCUGACUGCCAUUCUGGGGUCAAGAAGGAAUUUUUUUCCUAGCUUGUUGCAAAAUUGUGCUUCAAACUGGGUUUUUUUGCCUUCUUUUGGAUCAACAGCAAAAAACAAAUGUGAGGUAGGCUGAACUUGAUGGACGCAAGUCUCUUUUCAGCUAUGUAACUAUGUAACUAUGAAUACGAAGCCCCCUGUCCAAGGAUAGGGAGACUUGUGACUGGAUUGUGUCCCUAAGUAUAUCAUAACUUGAGAGCGGGAAAGCUGACUCUUCUUGACGUUUACCAACCAUCCAAAUUUUUGAAGAAUUAAAAGAACCCAAUCUCGAUGAAGAAGGAGAAUAUCUCUGCUGUGUGAGAGAAUCAAGAUGUCGUCGAGAUAAUGGAAUAUUGAGAUGCCUUCCAGAUGGAUAUAUAAGGCAACCAGGAUAUUUGAGAAAGUCCUGGGAGCUGUGCUCAGGCCAAAGGGAAGGGCUCGAAACUGAAAAUACUGAUGGUGAAUCGCAAAUCUCAAGAACUUCUGGUGUGGUGGAGCAAUAGGAACGUGAAAGUAAGCAUCUCGAAGGUCUUUGGAGAUUAACCAGUCGACCUGGGGAGAUGACUUUUAUAAUGGAACUUACUGAUUCCGUCUUGAAUUUUCUCACAUACAGAUUUUUUGUUUAAUUCGUGAAGGCCAAAAUCGGUCUCCAUUCCCCUGAUGCUUUCGGAGUGAGAAAAAGUCUGGAAUAAACCCCCAAUCCUCUUUCUUUUGCAGGAACAGGACAUAUAACGUCCCAUCAGAAUUGCUUUGAAGGCUUGCCAUUGCCACCCCGUCCUCAGAUGGUUUUGGAAGAGGAGAGUCCACUUUUCCAGGAUUGGAAUCUGGAAAACUCUCUACCAGGCCUAUAUUGUCUAAAGUCCUUGUCCCGAAAGGAACGUGUGUCCUGCGGAAAGGAUCUUUUAGGACGUCUAUCUUGAGGAAGAAAGGCCUUAUGUCCUUCUACUGUCUUUUUGAUACAUUCGUCCAGAUAUUUGCCAAAGAGCAUAUCUCCUUUAAAAGGGAGGGAACACAGGAUAUUUUUUUAAGAAUUAUCCGCCACCCAAUUACGUAGCCACAAUGAAGACACAACUUAAGGGAAAAAGAUCCAAAGUCAUUGCUUGCAAAGGAUUCUUGAUAAAGUCUUAAAAAUUUACAUUUUAUUUAUGAUUGUGUUAAAUUGUCCAGUUGCAUUUAAAUGGUUACAACUCCUAAAUGUAUCAUACAAUAUUAUAGUUUAACCCCUUGAAUUAAAGUUGAAAGUCUGUACUUCAAGUGCAUCUUGGUUGUUUCAUUUCAAAACCAUUGUGGUGACGUACACAGCCAAAAUUAUGAAAAUUGUAUCAGUGUCCAAAUAUUUUCAGACCUAACUGCAUAUAUAUUUUAUAUAUAUAUAUAUUUGUAGUUUGGGCAAUAUGGCCGAACAGAGAAAUCUUAGCAUAAUAUAAUCAUAAUAUCCAUAAGUUAGCACCAGUCGGUUGUGGUGUGCCGGAACCGACAAAGCAGUAGGCCUGUAAUAAAAGUGGGCCCAACCUUAGAGGGUGUUAUGAAUAGAGGUGGUGGGAGGGUUGACUCGCCAGACCAGCAACGGUAAGGUGGGAGUGGAUUGGCAGCCCUUUUAAAGGUGAACCAAGCCCCUCCCACAACUACAGGCCAAGCCUUCAAAUUUGUAGUCGGGGCAAUAUGGCCGAACAGAGAAAUCUUAGCAUAAUAUAAUCAUAAUAUCCAUAAGUUAGCACCAGUCGGUUGUGGUGUGCCGGAACCGACAAAGCAGUAGGCCUGUAAUAAAAGUGGGCACCAGGAGAAAACAGAGGCCCUUCCAAUAGCAAUACCACAACACACCCUGGAACAACUACAACUAGCCCACCCAUUCAAAUACAACCUAAGCAAUAUACAAUACCUAGGAACAUAUCUCCAAGCAGACCUAAACACAUUAUAUGCCCUGAACUACACACCACUACUCCACCAAGCACAAAUAGACCUGCAAAAAUGGGGACCUAUGUCCAUAUCUUGGAUAGGACGCAUAGCCUCAAUAAAAAUGAAUCUCCUCCCCCGAUUCCUCUAUCUCUUCCAAACACUACCAAUACCCAUUUCCAAACACGACUUUAAAACGCUCCAGGUACACAUAGACAGAUUUAUCUGGUCAAACAGGAGACCGCGCAUAAAAAGAUCCACAAUGUACAAAACCACAAAAACAGGAGGCCUGGGCCUCCCGAACUUCUACCACUACUACCAAGCGGCCCAACUGGCCCAAAUACAACAACUGCACGCACCACCAGGAUUCAAGCUCUGGGUAGACCUAGAGCACGACCUCCUGGGACAAGACCACCCAUCACUACUUUUUUGGCUGCCCAAGAAGGAUAGGCCACCCACCCCACAAACCACUCCUACACUAACCACAUCCUUUCUCAUUUGGGACGACAUCACAUCAAAACAUCCCGUAAUCAACAACCCAUCGCCCCUCACACCUAUCCUAAGAAACAAGCAAUUUCCCCCAGGCCUAACUCCCAAAGACUUCUCACGAUUUGAGGACAAUGGCCUAUUACGAUUUCUACACUUUUUCCAAGGCCAACAACUCUGCCCCUUCCAGGACCUCCCCAAACAAACACCCCUGACCACAUUUGAUCACUUCCGCUACAUACAGAUUCGCAGCUUUCUCAACGAACCACAAAAUAGGACAGCCGCCACUACCAAACCAACACAAUUCUAAAAAACAUGCCUCCACGCACCCAUACAGAAAGGACAAAUCACAAAAAUAUACUCACUCCUAAACUCAAACUCCCCAGAGGACACACUCUCCUACACCAAGGCCUGGGAAAGAGAUAUAGGCCCCCCGGCAGACCCCACAGACUGGGCAGACAUAUGGGAAGCCACGGCCUCACUUACCAUUUGCGUUAAUCACAAAGAACAAGCCUAUAAAACCCUACUCAGAUGGUACCUCACACCGCUCAGACUGAAACAAAUGGGCCUCGCCACCACAGACACCUGCUGGAAAGGCUGCACACAGAAGGGCACAUACAUUCACCUCUGGUGGGAAUGUCCCCAAGUCCUACAAAUAUGGGAAAGAGUGAGCACGCUCACGUCAGACAUAUUAGAAACAGAUAUCCCAAGAGACCCCUGGAUAUGGCUGCUCUCAAAACCUCACCCUCCCCUCACCAGAGCGCAAAAUAAACUAGUGGCCAGAUUAGCGUUAGCUACGAGAAGAACGAUAGCAGAACAAUGGGGCAAUCAGAAUACACCCCAACUAACCACGAUGAUCCACAAAACACAAGAAGCAAUGGAAAUGGACAAACUGUCAGCCCUACUACACGACACAACACGAAACUUCCACAAGAUAUGGGACCCAUGGACCCAACACCACCUACAGGCACCGUAAGCGGAGGACCCGGGAACAAGCCGCGAUUCCUCCCCCCCCCAAACCAGACCCCCUACUAAUAACACACUCGGACCCCAUACAGGUCCCCCCAACACCCCAACCCUAUACACAUACCCCCCCCCCACACCAACUUCACGAAUCAACGCACAAACACAAGACUAGGGAACUCACCCAACAUAAAACAAAAUACCACACCCCGCACAACCUGACCACCAGCAGUAGAUACGAAUAAGAGGACAAUCUCAGACACUAGGCGUAGACCCAGAUCUCACUACACUGGAAACCCUCCACAUCUACAGCCUACAUGAGGCGACCACCCAUGGGCUGAGACCACCAAACUCCCGCACGGACCCUACCCACACUCAAAACAGACACACCAACCCAAACCCCAGACCCAAACAGAACCGAAAGAGACAAAAACUUGACAAACACAACACAGGAAGAGCCACAUACGCUCUCAGAGACGAAGACGACAGGACGCGAAGCCAAGUGACAACCUUCAUCUGAGACAUACAAAACUGUACCACUUAACCCGGAAGACUGUUCUGAGGUUUCGCAACAAAUCGUACUAAUGCCAUUGAGUUGAAACAAAACUGUAAAUCUAUUGAAUGACACUACUACCCCACCCCUACCUUUAUUCUGUACCCUUUACCUCACCUAAACCUGAAAAAUAAAGAAUUUAUAAAAAUUAAAAAAAAGUGGGCACCAGACAUGAGGUGCUGCUGGGGCCAAUUCAUAUAUAUAUAUAUAUUUAUUUAUUUAUAAAAAAAAUUACUUUGGAAGUCUAGGCCAACUCCUUGGCUUUGCACUCAUUGCAGUGCCCUAUUUAGCCUUUUACUGCAGAGAACCCAGAUGGAUUUUUUUUCCCCCAAAUAAGUUGGUUAAUGUCAUAAGCAGACAUUAGGCUGUUAGAGUAGGACCUGUCAAAGAUGGGGUACAGUGAUGUUGUGGCCGGCUUAUGCAAUGUAUGAUCAUAUAAUGUAACUAACUAAAUCAAUUUUUUCCUAGAUUAGGUGUUUAAAAUUUUUUUUUUUUAAAAACACAAAAAAAUAAUAAUAAAAUCUGUUUUUAUAGUUGCUGUUUAGUGCAGCUUUGAACUAUAACUUUCAUCAUGUUGUUGGACAUAUGUAUGUUUAUCUAAAACAUGUAUUGCUGGCAUAAGGAAGCCAGGUUUUGAAUUUACAUGUAUUCGUUUUUAUUUUUCAUAGCACUAUGUCCUUCACCUUGUAUCCCAACUCUUGUGACUGCUUUGUGUCACUGCCUCCAGCCUCUCUUUCUCCUGUUGUUAUCUUUGGAAAGAACUCAGAUCGAUAUCGUGAGGAAGUUCAGGAGGUGGUGUAUUUCCCUUCCGCUACGCAUGUUCCGGGGUCCAAAGUGAUGGUGAGCACUGAGAGAGCUUUGUUGUUUUUGGAAACAAUUAAUUUGCAUCCCUACAUGGGAGGCAAUAACUUCAACCAGUCAGCCACAAAUUCACGGAGGCAGUAUCAGAUCGAAUAGGCAUUAUAGGAAACCCCCAUAAAGAUGGGGAUAGAGGUGCCUUUGACGGGUAGUAACUGUGCGAGAAUGGACUGUAAUCUGAAUUAUCAGUAAGAGCGAUUGGAUGUUUAUUCAGUAGAUUUUGGUGCAGAUACCAAUUUGUAUAUUGAAAAGUAUUAUUAAUAAUUUGUUUCUUUUGAGGAUCUAGGGAACUAAUAGAUGGUUGCUAGAUCUGAAACUCCUGGUCAACUAUUCCUUACAGUGGUAGAAGUAACACAGAGAGGUCCAUCGUGCAAAAAUGUAUUUGGAUCCCCUUCCUAUUGCAAGGGUGGCCAAAAGGAAGAUCCCCAUCUGUUGUACAAUUCCCACAAUGCUUUGUUAGCUGGGGAUCUACCAUUUCACAUCCUUGAAGGGUUGUAUUUGGCACUGAGCAGUGAUUCUGUAUUUGAAUGUAUGUUUUUGUAUGGAGUAUGUGUGAGUAAAUGUAGGGGUGUGUUUGUAUUUAGUGUUGGCGUGCAUUUGUGUGUAGUGUUGGUUUUUGAUGCAGAGGUUUGUUUAUAUAUAGUGUUGGUGUUUUAAUGCAGAUGUGUGUUUGUAUGUUGUGUUAAAAUUUGAAUGCAGCGUUGACAUUUGAAUGAGGGGUGUAUUUGGGUGUAGUGUUGGCAUUUGAAUGCUGAGAUGUAUGCACAUAUACUGCCAUACACACAUGCAGGUAAGCAUACACACAGAUACACACACACACACAAAUGGAUACAAAUAAUGACACACAUACAGAUGCACAGGCACAUGCAGAUACACAGACACACCGAUACAAACACAUACAGAUCCAAACUCUCUGAUAUACACACUGCCACAAAUGAAGAUACUCAGAUAACACUGCCACACACACAUAUACACAGAUACAAAUACUGCCACACAUGCAGAUUCAGACAAACAGAAACACAUACUGACAAAAAUAUAAACACUGACAUGCAUACAGAUACAGACACACAUACAGAUACACAGAAACACAUCUACAGACACAUUUGCUGGUCAAAAUUUUUGCUAAUAUUUAGUGGCUUCUGCUGCUUGAGGCUGUUGGUAAUUAGGUGUUAGAGGCUUGCUCUCCCAGACAGCCGUCUCCUCCCUCCUGGGCAGCUUGGUGUGUUAGUUGAAAGGAAGUGACAGACUCAUUUCCUUCCAGCGGUGGCUGCUGAAAUUACAGGGGCCUGGUUUUGUGUGGCUCUAAUUUGUUUCCCAUUUUUUAAAAUGGUGUGUGUGUGUGUGUGUGUGUGUGAUAUAAGAAGAAAGCUGUACCAAUAUGUAAUAUGUAUGGGUGAUGUAAUCUUAAAGUAAUUUUUUUCAGUUAACCUGGCAACAUCAACCAUGAAGCUGGUGAUUAAUGAUUAAAUCGCAGUUAAAUGUUCCAUUCAUUUUGGAUUGUGAUCACUUUGAAAACCGUCUGACUAAAUUCAGAAAAGGCCAUUGAUUGGUUGUAAUAUCUUGUGUUUGGAUACAAUUUAUACAUUAUUUCGUUUGGCUAGUGUACAUUCCUGGAGAUAGAGCAAGCGCCUACAACUUUAGCUGUUCUUCUGAGUCGCCCAGCCUGGUUAUGGGGGGCAGAGAUGGGAGCUAACGAGAGGGGAGUGUGCAUUGGCAAUGAAGCAGUGUGGACCAAGGAGCCAGUAGUGGAGUGUGACGCUCUACUGGGCAUGGAUCUUGUAAGGUGAGAUUAGCAUACCACAAAAAUACUCAAUUACUUUCUCAUAAAUAUCAUACCUUCACCUAUGCCCAUUUGCACUUAGUCUUUAUUUGACCUGGAAAGCUUUUCAUUUUAUAUAUUCCGUCCGGUCCACAACCACCUUAUCAAGCUCUACCACCUGCCAUUUAUUCCGCCUCAUAUUUCUUUACCAUUACUGUACCCUUUGCUUCCCUCUGCAGGCUGGCUCUGGAGCGUGCUUCAUCUGCUCAAGAAGCUGUGCAAGUUAUCACUGAACUGCUGGCACGUUAUGGGCAAGGCGGCAGUUGCAUGGAACAACCUGAACCUUUUACAUAUCACAAUACUUUCCUACUGUGUGACCGCUUAGAGGCAUAUGUCCUGGAGACUGCUGGGCCCUACUGGGCAGCAGAGAGGAUCACUGGUGAGAUGUUACACUGAUUUCUGCAUUGUUUUAACUACUUUAUAACAAACCUAUAGUAUGAUAUAAGUUGCGUUUUUUUAACUUUGUUUGUUUUUCAUUUGUUCCUACCUCUGCAGAAGGUGCAAGGAAUAUCUCUAACCAGCUGAGUGUGGUUAAACCAUGGAAGGAGCACCCUCAGCUCCGCUCACAUGCCAUGGCACAAGGCUGGUGGGAUGGCGAGGGAGAAUUCAAUUUCAGUGCUGUGUAUUCUCUGGAAAAGCAGCCAGUGCGAAUGGAAGCAGCAAAGAAGAGAUACAAAGCAGGACAGGAACUGUUGCAGAAGAUAGAAGGUAAGAAGCAAGUGGAAGGCAGGUGAGAGUUUGUAGGAAAGAUUAUGGGGAAGAUGAAAUAUAUCUAGGAACUGCUAAUAAAAUAAAGAGGGAAGAAAAUAAGUGAAACGUAUGUGCAAGAUAUUUUCUUGUUACCACUCUACUCAUCUGGUGAUCCCUAGGAAAGAUUACAGUCGAGUCUAUGAUGGAGAUUUUACGCGACAAGAACAGUGGCAUUUGUAUGGAUUCUGUUCGCCACCGUACCACAGCCAGUAUGGUGUCUGUGCUUCCACGUUGCCCCGACUCACCCUGUAUUCAUCUACUGACUGCGACACCAGACCCAUCCAGGUGAGAGACAACUGCAGGAUAAUGUGUUAUCAUCAAGUUCCAUUGAGUUUAAUCCCUCCAUCCUUUAUGCUAUACAUGUCUUCCUCUAUUUGCUGUAGGUCGGUGUUCAAGCCUUUUGUCUUUAACUUUGUGGUGUCACAAGUACCUUGGGUACUGUCACCCAUAUUUGGAGACAGGGAUCCUAUCAGACAGAAUCCUCGGUUCCAGACUCAGGUUGAUCGCAGGCAUGAGCUGUACAUACACCAUGAGAGAGUACUGGAGACCUCUGAAGUCACACAGGUACAAAAAGAAUGAUAAGGCAGUUCAAGAGAUAGAGGCAGUAGUUAGAGGUAAGAGUGGAUCAUUUUGGGGGAAAAAAAGCCACAACUUCAGUUCCAGUGAAAUGACCAAGUUCUUCCUCUUCUGCUGAUGUCACUCCCCCUAGCUGGAGUGGGAGAGAGGUCAGACUGAGAGGAGUACAUGGAUGGCACAGGGGCCAAGCUGCCAUUGGCUUUCUGGUGCCAGUAUGCAAUUUUGCACAGAAUUAGCCAGGCCAGAACUCUUGUUCUUGACUAGUGAUGUCCUGAACGGUUCGCUGCGGACGGCGAACAUAUGACCCUGUACCUCACAGUCAGCAGACACAUUCCAGCCAAUCAGCAGCAGACCCUCCCUCCCACCUCCUGGACAGCUCACUAAGAAUGCAGCUUCAAAAUGGAUGCUGUUCAGGAGGUGGAAGGGUCUGGGAGGGAGGGUCUGCUGCUGAUUGGCUGGAAUGUGUCUGCUGACUGUGAGGUACAGGGUCAUAUGUUCGCCGUCCGCGGCGAACCGUUCGCGACAUCACUAUUCUUGACUAUUCAAUGAUGUUGCGUUGAUGUGGUUUAUCUAUGAAAUACAUUUUAGGUUUGUAUUUCUUUUUUGGUAGGAUGCAGAACAAAGAUUACAUGUCAAACAAAGAGAGCUGGAGGAUGAGAAUAUCCACUUGGUCAAAAAACUGCUAGAGAAGAAUGAGACACAUGACUCCAUAGAGCUGACUGACCUCUUUCUGAAAAGUGUGGAGAAGGAAUUAUUACUAUACAGAGGGGAAACCGUGUAAUUAAACCAUGUCAUAAAUAAAACAUAUCAUCACUAUAAUAAAACAACUGUUUAAUAUAUUAUACACAUCUUCGAAUACCAAUCAACAAUUACAAUAUCUUCAGCAGAGGAGUAAUUUACAUCACUUUCUCAAUCUGGGUCUAUGUGAAGCUGUACGUGUCUUCUCUGUUUGUUGUGAUUGAACUGUAUUGUUUACAGUUUUUCCUUUAUUUGAGGGAGCAGACACAGCCUGUCUCCCAUUGCACGCAACUGAAGAAGAAGCAGAUACACCCUGUGCUUUACAUGGAUUUUGGGCAGUGUUAGAUAUCUUUUGGGGCAAACCUCCAGAAAAGGAUAAGUUAGCACCUAAUUUAGAUCUGGUCCCUGAUGAAGAUGAGAUUCUACUAGAGGCCUGUGUGGCUGUAACUUUAGGUUUAGUGGAGGGUUUAUUGGCUGACAUUUGAGACAUCCUAAAAGUUGUUUUUUCAGAUGAAAUUGAUGGCUGUGAAUUUUUGGUAGUGGACUUAGGAUCACUACUGGUGGGUAGUGUUUUAGAUUUUGUUACAGAUUGUGGAUUUCUUGUCUCAGGUGAAAAAGGGUGGCAGGAAUCUCUUUCAGUUGAAAGAGGGGUUAGUAACUCAUGGGUGUCCUUUAAUUCUUCCAGACGGUCUUGGUGCUCUCUUAGUGCUCUCUCUCUUCUCAGAUAAGAUCGUUGCUGCAGCUCGUGAGAAAUAGAGCUAAGGCCUUCUGGGGAGGAAAGGAGAAUAUUGGCAAUCAGUUGCAGGUUGUAUCUGGGUGAAUGUCCAGCACCAGUAGAUCAGUAGAUCACCAGAGGGAAAUAGCUAAGAAAUUAAGUUUCCUAAAAUGUGACCUUCAUAAACAACACACUUUUCCUUAAAGGGUACUCUAAGCAGUAUAUGGGUCAAUGUAGUGGUAAAAGGGCAGAGUUUUCGGGCACUGUCCAUCCAGGCUUGUAUAAAACUAUUUUCCACAGAGUAAAUCUAUAUGUCAUAUUGAUAUUAUGUUUAAAUAGUGACACAUUUUAAACAUAUUUUACAUUGGAACUCUUCAUGGUAAAAGCCUACAGGAAUUUAAUAUAAAC